UUCCAGUUUCAAAUUACUUAUACAAAUUGUAAAUAUUAUUGUUAAAUGUCUUUUGGUGUAAUCAUACACAUUAUUAAUAAAGUAAAGUUUUUACUUAUUAUUUAAGCAGUUCAAUGUAUAUAAAUCUUCAUCAGAAAUUGCGAUGAGAAUUGCAUUAAAACCUUUGGAAUGGGGCAUUUUUGCAAAUGAAUUUGCUCUGACAAGUUCUUACGGCAUGAUCGCUGGCGGAAUUAUCAGCGUUACAAGCGAAUUUCCUAGGUGGGAAAUUGGUAUUUAUUCUCUCAUAGCAGGUAUUUUAGUUUUCUUGUUAGAAUACCCUCGUGGAUAUAGGAGAGAUAUAAAGUCACUAGAAAGGAGAUUUCAAAAAUACAUUGUGCCUUAUAUUAUAGCCUUGGGAUUCUGUGGAAGAAAUUUUUAUGUGCGAUUUGUCUUAUAUUUAUGCUUAUCUGUGCCAUGUUUCUUUUUGCUGCCGACAUUUAUAGGAGGUGCGUGUAUUAUCACAGCUUCUCUUAUAUACUUGAAGGCUGCUUUGUCAGGCUUCGAGUGGCAUCCUAUGCCGCCUGAGAAUGAAAGGCAAUUACUAGCAUCUACUUAUGAUAAACCUAAUUACAGCAAUAUUCCUAUAUUAAAGGAAACUGUCUGCUAGAAUAAAAUAAAUCUGCAUUUAUUACUAAUAAAUUUUUAAUGUGGUACAUAAGAAAUCAGUAUAAAUAAAUAAGAGUUGCAUAGUCUAUUUUUUACAACAAAAAUAUUUUUAAGAUGCUCUUUAUUUGAGUUUAUUGGGACAUGUAAAUAUUGAUUAUAUUAAUUAGAUUAUUUAUUUUAUUUUACUAAUUAGGUAUUAAGAAACUUUAAAAGUCCUUAAAAUUUUGGUAUCCAUAUAUAGCUAAAGCUAGUUAUAAAUUAUGAAAUUUAUCUGACAGUGCUUAUUAUGAAUGAAAAUGCACUUUGUAUUUUACAGUCUGAACUUUUGUAUGUAAAACAUCUCUUUCUUAGCAAUAUUAUAUUUUUCAUAGAAAUGCAAGGUCAGGAUGAGUGUCUUAGUUAACUUCUUGAUCUUUUAAUCAAGUCUACUAACUUUGUUUACUUUGAUUGAUCAUUUCUUCAUGCCAAGCCUUGUGUUACUCUUUUGUAUUUGCCUUUCAAUUUAGUCACCAUUGAUAAGUAAUAAUCUGUUGUGCAAAAGCAAAUUCUUAUUUAUACAUAACUUUACUUUUUACCAAUUCAAAAUUGCAAUGUAGAUAAAUUAUCAGACCGUAUUCUUUUCUUUACAGAUAUUUAAGAUUCUUCAGGCAACUCUGACAGAGUUUUUUUUUUUUUUUUUUUUUCCCUGUGGGGGAAAGGGGUCAAGUCAAAAUUGACAGUGUUAGAUUUCUUUCAUUUUCAAACAGUUGAAUUAAGUAACUAAUAAAAUUAUUAUGUUAGUAUUAUAAUGUGUAAUAAAGAUCGGUUUCAACCUUUUUGAAGCAUUUCUCAAAGUUUUUUUAGAAUAAUUUUUAUUUGUUGUCAGUAUAAAUUUAAUAAUGGUAACUGAAUGAGAUAAAUGUAUGCUUUUUUACAAUCAUUACAUAAAACAUUCACUAAACCAUAUUUUAGAUUGCACUUUUGUUAAAAGUGAAAAUCCUGUUUGAAUUUUUCACUUCCUUAUAUUAAGUAAAGGAAGCAUUGUAAAUUUGCAAAAACUUUCGAGUAUCGCAUUUCAACAAAAAUAUCCAUUUUAGCUGCUGUCAAAUUUCAAAUUUUUCCAAUAAAGGACUCUUUUUCCAAAACAGAUUUUAAAAUGGAUUCAGAAGAGAUUUUUUUCAUGAUAUAUGCCUGCAGGCACAUAUGCAUAUGUCUCGCAUAACUCAAAAACAAGUAGCCAUAGAUUAUUAAAUUUUGGCUAGUUGUGACAACUAGAUGUUAUAGUAGCUUCCCUUUUUCAUUACUAUCAGUCGCACCAAACACAUAUAUAUAUAUAUAUAUAUUCUCACACUGCUUCCCGGCUCAGUGAGCUCAGCAUUUUUAUACUUAUGUUUUAUAUGUUGCUAAAUUGAGCAUUUUUUGCUUUGAAAGUGACUGAAUUAUGUUGUUCUUAAGUUUCAGUUAAGGUUUUUAAUGCCUUUAAUUAAUCUGCAUGCUAUAGUUGUAGAAUCAUAAAAUUUUUUAAAGUAAUCCUUCAAAUGUAAAGGCCUAGCACCACUUUACGUUUGAAACUCUUAGUAAAAUAGUGAAUUAAGUCAAUUGGUGCACAACUUCAGUUUCUUUUUGCCCAAUAGGAACAAAAGUUAACUUUCAGUUUUGUAGGCCAAGAAUUUUCUGUUUCUACUCGUUGGUCAAAUUGCUUGUUUUUGGCAUCGAAAUUCUAAUUUUAAUUAUAAAAAAUUUUUAUUAACUGUAUUUGGUGUUGGGUGUUUCUGUAUUUUAUAAUUUUUAAUGAAAGAUGUUUUGAGUUUUUAUGAAAUUUUGCCUUGUUGCAAAGUGAGUACUAAUUAAUUGAGAAAUAUAUCUCUAAUGAAAAUCAAGGAAAUAAGUUUAAAUCAAGUACAGCAAAAAAUGUAUAUACUUCACACAGUAUAAAGAAGGUGAAACUCAUAUUACCACUUUUUGUUGUAUUAUUUAUAGAGAUCACUGCUGUCAUCGUGAAAACCAUGAAACCAUUUAACCAUGAAAGCCAUAAAUUAUAUUUUAUAAUUUGAAGAGUAAAAUAUAAUCGUUAGUGAAAAGAGUCCAAGAAUAUUAGUUAACAGAAUAUUCUCCCACAAACAUAAAUAUUUGUGUAAAUAGUUAUAAACAUAAUCCAUUGCAUAAAAAUGUAAGUUUCCUCCUCUAUUACAAGGCUUAGCUUCCUUGCAAGGCAUAUAAAUGUUUACAUUUGGAAUCAUCAAGACAAAUGUAGCACCAUCUAGUGAUAGUUGCAUUUUUGGACCCAUAUGUCUGCUAUGGAGUUUCACUUCCUUCUUUAUCCUCUGUGAUAUAAUUUAGGCUAUACUAGAAAGUCACAUGGUGUCCACAUCAGAUAUUUUAUUAACCAAAAAAGAUACUAAUCCAAGGGGUUUUACUUUUUAUUUAUUAACAAAUAUAUUUUUUGUUUGUUUAUUAUUUUUUUUAUUUUAUUUAUUUAUUUUUAGGAGCAUAAAGCAAGCAUUUGUAAAAUGAGAUAUACAUGUACAUGUUAAAAAAUAUUUUCUUUUAAUACUUGUGAGAUAAUAAUAAUCUGGUAAUAGAGUAUUUAAGUGUUGCAUAAAUUAGUAAAUAAAAGCUAUUAAUUCUUCCUAAAUGUUACAGCAAAAUAAAUUUUAUAAUAAUAAAAUUGGAAUCUUUGGGAAUGUAAAUAAAAUUUAUUCUGUGUUUUUCUCCAUUUUUAUGGCACUUGGAUAAAAUAGAAAUAUUCGAAAAAUAUGCAGUUACUGUUUUAGUCAGUAAAUCAGUAAUUUUAGAGAUUCUCUUUCUGUGAAAAUUAUCAAGAAAUUCUCAACUAAGUCUCUGAUGAAAAUAAAUUCAAAGCUAAAAGGACCUUUAUUUUUGCAUUUUUAAUGAAUUAUAUUCAUUGCCAUGGAUAUUUAUUUCCUUGGCAGUGUAUUAUUUUUUCCUUCCUAAAUGUGUAAAACAUAUAAGUGUAUUAUGAAAAAUACAUACCUCAGAUUUAUACCAUCAUCUUGGAGUAAUCCAGUUUUAAUACAUGGUUUGAAUUUUUUGUGGUCUUGGUAUUUCAACUGUGGAAAACUUCUGCAUUUUUAAUGUAUGUAUAAUUUUUUCGGGCAAGAAAAAAGGCUCUCCUUAUAAAUAAUUAUAACUAAUCUGUAUAUAAAAUGAUAGACUGUAGUAAUGAAAGGUUUAUAUUUAAUUUUUUAUGAAAUAAAAUUAAUUUCUUAGAAAAUUUACUUAUGAUUGAAAGAUCAGAUGCUUUUCAGCUUAUUUUGAAUGAAAACAAAAUAUUUCUAAUAAUUUUCAACACUGCUAUUUUAUUUACUAUCUCAGUGCAUAUGCAGUUUUGCAAAGAAUAAUUCUAAUGGAAGAAAACUCAGAAUGCAGAUGCAUUUUUAUAUUGUUGUCUUGUUUUACUAGUGAAGAAGUUUUAUUUUGAUAAAUCAAAAUAAUUAGUUUCAGAAAGACUUUUAUCAUAUAUUUGUUCUUAUAUACUUCAAAAUAUUUAUUGUCAUAUGUAUAUAAUUGUAUUGAGAAAUUCAUAUGUAAAUUGUUUGAUGUUAUAAGUUAUGAAAAAAAUUUUAUCUGUUGCUUCUUUGGUGUGUAAUCACAAGAAAUAAUGCAAGGAAUAUUUUAUACUUGUUGACUGUAUAGAUCUGAAAUUCUGUGUGCCAGAAAUAAUUUAUUUUGUGCUGUUUUGAAAGCUGCUCAUAAUGUAUUUUUCUACUGAUAUAUUUUAUUUGUCUAUAUUGAUAAAUAAAUAAAUAUUGUAAAAAUUAAUUAAAUCUCAACUUUAUUUUUGCAA